CGCAGCGGCCGGUCCGCUUUUGCAAAACAACUCCGAGCCGCUCUGCUGUCACUCACUCGGCGCCUGCUCUAUAUUUGCAUAGUCAACGCAAACCAACCCUCUCUCUCCUCGUAAACUUUCUCCUGCAACUUGCUCUGCUUGGAAGGGAGCAGGAGCAAGCAGAAAGGAGCAAAAGGAGAAGUCCGGAGUAAGCUACCUGCUGCAGGAGUCCAAGGCACCGAAGAGCGGCCCCGCACACCCCAAAUCCAAGCGCGGAAGGACGAGCUCACCGCAGCAGCCCAGACGGGUGGCAAAGACGCCGCCGUUGUCGUCAACCAGGCAAACGGAGCCAGCGCCAACUUCGCCUCUUGCGGGAAUCUGAUUUUCAACUGUUCCAGAUAUUUGCUGGCGGGCUGAUGAUCAUUCAAAGAGUGGUAUUGCAUUCACGCCCUGGCAUCAAUGGAGUGCCAGUUGCAGAAAACUUCUGUAUGGAAGAAGCCACCCUCUCAGACAAAAUUGAUGAAGGUCAAGUUAAAGUCCGUACACUUUAUUUAUCUGUGGAUCCCUACAUGCGGUGUCGUAUGAAUGAAGAUGCUGGGUCUGACUACCUCCAGGCUUGGAAAUUGUCUGAAGUUAUUGAUGGAGGUGGAAUUGGUUGUGUGGAAGAAAGCAAAGACGUGCGUUUCAUUCCAGGAGACUUUGUGACGUCUUUUAACUGGCCCUGGCAGACCAAAGCCAUUUUAGAAGGAAAACAACUGAACAAGAUCGAUCCACACCUUGUAGAUGGACACCUUUCUUAUUUCCUGGGUGCAGCUGGCUUGACUGGGCUGACAUCUUUGCUGGGAAUCAGAGAGAAAGGACAUGUAUCUCCAGGCUCUAAUCAAACCAUGGUGGUCAGUGGAGCUGCUGGUGCUUGUGGCUCUGUGGCUGGGCCGAUAGGUCUCCUGGAGGGUUGUUCUAAAGUAGUCGGCAUUUGUGGCACAGAUGAAAAAUGCAAAGUUUUGGUCUCUGAAAUGGGUUUUGAUGCUGCAAUCAACUAUAAGAAAGAGAAUGUGGCACAGCAGCUGCAAAAAUUUUGCCCAGAUGGAGUGGAUAUCUAUUUUGACAAUGUUGGUGGCGACAUCAGUGAUACAGUAAUAAGACAAAUGAAUUCAAAUAGCCAUAUUAUUUUAUGUGGUCAGAUCUCCCAAUAUAACAAGGACAUGCAAUAUCCACCUCCUUUACCUCCAGAGGUAGAAGAAAUAAGGAAAUCACGGAACAUUACUAGAGAAAGAUUCCUGGUUUUGAACUACAUGGAGAAAUAUUCAGCUAGUACUCUGCAGCUUUGUCAGUGGAUCAAAGAAGGAAAAUUGAAGGUCAAGGAGACAGUCGUGGAAGGCCUAGAAAACAUUGGAGCUGCUUUCGUGUCUAUGAUGAGUGGGGGCAACAUUGGAAAACAGAUAGUGCUCGUUUCCAAAUAAAAAUCAUUUCUGAUCUAUUUUGUGUCUACUAAAAAAAGAAAUAUUUGCAUAAGCCUGGAAUGAACUUAUCCUUUAUAUCGGUAUCCCAUUUUGGGGAUUAGUAAAAUCUUUUGAAUCUUUAAUUUUUUUCUAAGUUUUUUGGGGGGGUUUCUUCCAUCUCUUUGGGGGGGGGGAAAUUCAGUCAAAAUGUGUUUCCUUGCCUUUAGUACCAAAUGAUAAAAUAUCAUUACUGUACCACUGCUACAGAAAUAUAAAUUAUGUGCAUAUAAUAUAAAACCAAGAUUAGUUUUAGCUGCUUGAACAAAUGUUUGCAAGCAAAUUAUGUCUUAUUUGACCAAUUUCUAAUUUGGUUUUCUUCUGCCUUUAUUAAUAUCUAGAAAAUCGAAUAACACUAUAGUUGUAGUAUUUCUCAAUUUGAAAAUAAAUGUAAGCCAUAGUUGCAGCAGCUAAGAUUUGGUAACCAACUUCAAAACUUUAGUUUAAAAAAAAUAAACCAUGGCUUACUUCCUGGAAGUAAGCAAACCAAUUAAAACAUAUUAUAUACUGAUUGAUGUUCUGAUACGUAUAAACCAGGCUCUAUAAUCACAUCUGAAAAUGAAACAAUAAUGAAGAUCUUUUCUUGUACACAAUACGACUAUUAAAUGUAUUGGUUAAUAUAAUUUUCUGGCUUUGCCUCUCUUCUGUGAUACGUUAUUCUUUCUGAUACAUUAAUAGUGAAUAAUAGCUUUUAGCUGUUCCUAUUACCUCCAACAUUUCACUGUUACAUAAAUUUAUUUAAAUUAGAAUACUAAACAAGACAUUUCCUAAUUUUACGACUGUCAUGGGAUUUAAAAAAAAACCUUUCCUUACACUUUAUGUCCAAAUAUUCCAGUUUCCAAACUUGAAUGUAUAACAAUGAGAAUUAUUACAAAGGAAGAAGACGCUUCUCUGAAUUCCUUUCUGAUAAAGAAAAAAUGUGGUAGGAAAGUUUUUAAUAAUUUGUAAAACAAAAGUUUGCAAAAAAGUCCUGAUCCAUCCUUUCUGUGGAUUCUUCACUGUCAG